UUUGGGCCAAUAGUCACAAAACAGUGAAUGCAGUGACCUCUAAACUUCUAGAAAAAGCAAACUCUUGAGUAAUUUAAAAUUUUCGUCUGUUCAACUCGCUUCGUCACAGUUGAAUCAAAGUUCACAAUUGCCAAUUACAAAGCAAAGUUGUUCGUGGAGUUUAAAGCAGUAAGCACUAUCGAUUGUUCGGUGUUCCGUCGAUCAGUGAAUCGAUCGAUCGGCGAUUAGCGAAAAAGUCUACGAACCAAUCGUUGUACUUGCUCUCAUCGUAAAAAUAUAUUUUUUUUACAAAAAUAUUUAUCAGACUACAAAAAUGACUUAAGCCGAGGAGGAUUGCACUUUUAAAAAAAACACUGAUCACGAUUAUUACGUCGUUACAUUGUGUGCGUUCAAUUUAUCCUUUUGACGGUGGCGUGACAACGAUAUUAACAAAAAGUUCAAAGAAGCCCUGGAAAAUCUCAUUUUACAAUUUGUCAACGCGAAAUCAACAAUUGGAAACGGAUUAGCGCAGAAAAAAAGUGAUUUCAGAGCGUCCAUGUGCAAGAAUCAGGAAAUGAGGGGAAGGUUAGUCGUGCGAUUUUCGGGACUAUGGCUAUUGGCGAUAGUUCUGUCGUGCUCACCGUUUAAUUAUUUAGUCGAGGCUGAACCCGAGCCCGUUCCCCCGAGUCUCAUCUACAGCGAUAGUUACGUCGACGAUGCUGAAAGCUUCCUAUUGCUCCAAAGGCUGAGACAAAUAGCAGGCCGUAAACACGAAGUGCUCGAACAAGCCCGGGAACUUGAGAACGAAAAAAUGGUGAUUCAGGGUAUGCUCGACGAGCAAGAGGAGGCGCGGAGAAAUCAACGCAUGCAUCAGUCCGUGCAGAAUGAUUACUCCGGCGAAGACAUCGAAAUGUUGCCCAUACCGAGCGCGAUUGUUCAUCAUGGACCCGUGCAUUCAGGAAAACGAACCAGUUACAUGACGCUGUGUCAUUUCAAAAUUUGCAACAUGGGUCGAAAGCGUCAAUUGUGAGUGUUGCAAGUAUCCGAUCGAGAGAAUCUGCGCCUCGCGAGUCAUUGAUACAACCCCGUUCAAUUGCCCCAUUCGCUACACUCAAUUUCCUUUAGAACUUCAAAUGCGCAUGCAAACAAGAAUAACGAGAGAAACGACAGAUGAGGAAAAGAGCGUCAAAACUGUGCACAAAAACCGACGAUUGAUGGGAAAAAAGAUCUUGGCGAAACACGAAGAAGGUACAAAAUAAAUGAAUAAAUGCGAGCGAGCGAAAAAUGAGAAUCUUCUUUCCUUACCAAGCGCACGAAGCGUGUGUUCGAUUAUUUGUUGAAUUUCGACGAAGGGUCACGCAGAUCAAUUUUUCUUUACUGAAAUUGCUCGAUGAAUAAUAAAAUCAUCCUCGUAUUCCCAAGCAAAUUAUGCCCAAUGAAAGAACAAUGACGGGGAUUUGACGUACAUGACCGUUGGGAAUUGAAAAUGGGCAAUGAAAGAGGAAGAAAGUAGAAAACAACGAAAAACCAUAUACACACGCAGUCGAUUCGGAAGGACUACCGGGAAUUGACUCUCCGAUCACGAUCAACGCUGGCCAUGUUGUCCACAUUAAAAAUUCAUCGCGGAAGUCAGCCGAAAGAGAAAGGUUGGCGUCAAUGGACAAAUGUUCAUGAAGAACGUUCGAAAUGUGGGCGGCCGAUACUUUGUGCACAAUGGCAAUUUCGAUCUCUCGAUAUUCAAGUACGUAACGUGAUGAAAAUAAAAUUCAAUUUGUCGCACAAAAAAAAUCAUAAAGCAUAUGAGAUUUAUUAUGAACGAAAAACUUGACAUUCAAUUCAAAAAUGCAAUCACGUCGAUAGAACACAAAAUUAGUACGCAUGCGAACACAUAGACACGCGCGCACACACACACACACACACACACACACGCACACUCAUGGGCGCGCACGAGCACGCAGCACAAUCUUUAGUAUUUAACAGUCUAAUGCGGAGGCUUUGCAUUCGAAGGAAUUAGUAUGAGCUUCAUGAGUCUUUCAUGUAAUUCACUUUCAUAGAGUUUAUUAUAUCUGAUAAUUUUUAUUCUAUAGCGAUGACGAAAUGCCAAAGUUGUUUGACAAGUAUUUCUAAAGAUUUUCUACCUCUCCAUCUCUUUACAUUGUCCGUAUGUGUUUGCUCACAUCGCUCUAAUGUCAGUCAAAUCAUAAAUUAUUUAGUCAAGUUUUUUAUCCCACGGUUUUCGCACGUGAUUAUAGUUAACUCGAAUUUCGUGAAUACGCUUUCGCCGGAACGGGUUCGUAUUUUUGUAAUUACAUUAACUUUCCGAUUGGCUGGUUCCAUCCGAAAUGUAAAAUAUAUUCAAGAGGAAAGCCCUUCGUCCCUUCGUCGGAACACGUAAUAAAAAAUCACUUGACAUUAAGCUUUUCCAUCAACAACCCUCAACCUCCGGCACAUCGAUUCAACGUGCUUUGUUUCAAUGUUUUCAAUGUUUUCUUCACCCCGAUUGUACCUGCGAACCAAUUUUUUUCACAUACAUUUCUGUAUGAAGCCUUCACGAGCGUUUUGUCAAUACGAAUAAAAAGGAGGAUUUUAUCCAUAUCAAGAAAUCUUCACAAUUGUCACAACGAUUUUCUUAACCCGUAGACACGACACUGGUGCAAAUUUGCACCCACGAAAAUUUCAAGUCUCUAGAACUUCAAAAUGCCUUUUCUUUAAUUUGGCCAUUUUUCUACAAUAAAACUCGAUUUUUCAAUUUUUUUAAUCACCGUAAUCGAUUACUAAGGAAUUGUUACCCCUAAAAAGUCUCGUUGUAAGAUUAAUUCCAUACAUUUGAAAUAAAGACGAUUUGAAAAGUCCAAGUGCACAUUUGCACCAGUCUGGUGAGUGUGUGACCUCAAAGGGAGUGUCGUGUCUACGGGUUAAUCACAGAUCCACACACGAAAAGAAUAUUACACGCAAAAACACUGCGGUGGAGAAGACGUGAAAUUACUGGAUGAUUUACCAUUUUUAUGGAAAAUCAUUUUUUUUUACUUUUAUUGUAAAAUUGUAAUCUGUUAUUACAAAUAACAGUAAAUAAUUGUGAAAUGAUGACGAAAGAAAAUAAUAUUAUAUCAAUGUACACAUUACACGGGUUUAAUGCGAAUUCACAAUAACAACACUGAAGUUAUCAACAGUACAAUAUUCUUGGCGUGUGUUGGGCGAUGGAAUUUGAAAGUAAAUCGGGCUCUGAUUCUCUUUAAUCGAAUUAUUUAUACUCGUCGAUGCACCCGUAGAAACUCAAAAAGAAUGGACUUUUGCCUACAGAAAAAGUGCAUGUUGCCGAAGCAUGUAAGUAGCUUGAAAAAACAGUUUUCAUUAAAUUUCAACUCUGCAACUGUUUUUGACUCUGCUUAGUUCUUAAAUUGGAGUUAAAUAUGCCCGGAAAAUAAUUGAUGGGCUGAUAAAAGUUUCAAAGGCACUAUUAGAAGAAUAGUCAACCCCUGAAGCAGAGUCUCUAAAACGUAGGAGAGAUAAGACCCCGAAAAUUCCGUUAGAAAACGAAUAGCCAAAGCAACUUGCGUUCAAGGACUGUAGAGGGCGAGCCUCAUCCAGGAAACAAUGAAAAUUCUAUUUUUAUUACACGAAUAUAUGUAAAAUAAGGGAUUCACUAAAAAUCUAUCGGAAUAUCCGCAAUAAAAAAGUUCUCCGAUCGGUGAAGAAAUAUUCGCGUUUAAUCUGCGAACAACUUUUUUGUUGGUGGUAUAUCACUUUUAUGGGAUGUUGAUUUACGGGCGUUGAAAAACUUUGGAAGCAAAGUCUUCGUUUGCUACUUUUCAUGAUCGACAUAAACGUUACAAAAUGAAGCAUAAAAAAAGGUGGCAAAGAGUUGCAUCGACGUGCAGUGACCGUUUAACGUCAAUUUAUUUCGGCUUAAGAAUCUACUCGUCAGUUGAGUUCACAGAUAUGUAAUAAAUAUGUAUAAAUAAAUGAUUUCGUUGAAAGGCCACACGUAAAUAUUGCAUCGUGAAAAAAAAAAGUGUGAUAAAUGCGCAGUGUCUCCAAGCAGGCUCUGAUGACAAAAAUACUUACCAAAAGCGCGACAAUUGUGCGUAUCAUAUUUAUUCUCGUAGAUAUUACUGAUGUGUGUAGCAAGGGUGCAGGGUUUAUUGGUGUCCCGAUGAUUAAUUCGUAAAAAUAUAAAUGUGAAAAAAAAAAAAAAACAAAAAAAAGAACGAGCGAGGUUGCAAAAUCAUCGAUUACGGACGAAUGUUACAUUCAACGUAGUUAUGUCUAUAGUAUGAAAAAGUGCAAAAAAAUCGCGCACAAAUUUAUGGUUAUGGAAGUCAAAAAUUAAUUGGUGUAUCGCGUUAUGUUACUUUCAUAAAAUCAUGUUUCAUUCUAAGCUAAAUUUCAUUUUGAAUAAUCAUAUUUUAUUGUUAUUAUGAACCAGGUGUCUCUGAUUUUGAGAAUACAAAAAAAAGCAAUAAACGUAUAUUAUCUGGAAAAGCAGCAAAAAUAUCUGUGACGAAGAUACACCUGACUUAUUUAUAUCAACUCUUGUGUCUUUUGUACACUGUGCAGAAAAGUCGUGUGUAGAUACUUUACUUAGAAAUGCUAAAAACAUCAAUUUUGAUCGAUAUUUGAGAAUGGAAGUCGUGAGUAUAUAGAAAAAAAACAGUGUUAGAUUGUGUACGAGAGGGUGUGAAAAUGGAGUGAGAAACAGAAUGGACAAAAAUAAAUCUGAACAAUUAUUAGCAAGAUAAA